AUGAGCAACCUGAAGCCGGACGGCGAGCACGGCACGGGCACGAGCUCCGGCAGCACCUUGGAGGAGGAGGUGGGUCUGUGGUCCCGGGACUUGGACUGCGAAGUGCACGCGGAGGUGGGCGUGGAAGAGGAUUGUGGGGGCCUCCUCCGCUGCGCGGCUAGGGCUGUCUGUCCCCCCGGCGCCUUCCCGCCGCUGUCUUUCGCCCUGGAGGGAGCAGCCAGGGUCCGGCGGGCGGGCGCUGCGGCCUGGACUGCCCAGCCGGGCGGGCAUUGUCUCCCCGCCCUCACGAACUCAGGGUCCACGAUCUGUGUGUCCUGCUCCUGCUGCCCGCGCGCCCUCGCUUCCCACCUCCGCCCGGCUCAGCUCUUCUCCGAGACGUUGCGCCCGCGGGGCCGGACACCCGCCUCGCCUGGAAGGAGCUCCCCUCGGCGGAGAGACCCUUCCUGCCCCGCCUUUGCCCAGGAAACCGAGGGCCAGUUAUCCAUCCUGAGCCGCUUUCCCCUCGGGUUCAGGGAUGUGAAUAGCCUGAACUUCUGUUUGGACCAGUUUGAGCAUUUUGGCUUUGUCCGGACAUUGUUUGUAAGUGGCCUCCCUGUGGAUAUUAAGCCCAGAGAGCUGUACCUUCUCUUCCGGCCAUUCAAGGGAUAUGAAGGAUCCCUGAUCAAGCUCACAUCAAGACAGCCUGUUGGUUUUGUGAUCUUUGACAGCCGGGCAGGAGCAGAAGCAGCCAAGAAUGCACUGAAUGGUAUUCGUUUUGAUCCCGAGAACCCUCAGACCCUGAGGCUAGAGUUUGCCAAAGCCAACACCAAGAUGGCCAAAAGCAAGUUAAUGGCUACACCAAAUCCCAGCAGUACGCACCCCGCCCUGGGAGCACACUUCAUCGCACGGGACCCCUAUGACCUGAUGGGAGCUGCUCUAAUCCCCGCAUCCCCUGAGGCCUGGGCACCCUACCCACUGUACACCACAGAGCUGAGCCCAGCCAUAUCACACACCACGUUCACUUACCCGGCUGCCACCGCUGCCGCUGCCCUCCAUGCUCAGAUGCGCUGGUACCCUUCUUCUGAUACCACCCAGCAAGGAUGGAAGUAUCGUCAGUUCUGUUAGCCCUUCAGUAAGUGUCA